UAGCCGCCUCCUCUGCAUCCUGCCCGCGCAUCCCAGAGCCCAGCCGCAUCCUCCGCCUCUGCCUCUGGCGGCUGCCAGCCUCCGCCUCGCGCCACCUCGGCCUCCCGCCGCCUCCGCCCCCGCGCCCCCGGUGGCUGUGCCUCGGCGGAGCCCUGAGGGGGCCUGUGGCUCGUCGGCCGCCCGCUCGGCUCGACUUGGCCGGGAGGCGUGCAUGCCCCUGCUGCCCGCGGCGUUCAUCAGCAGCAUGCUCUAUUUCCAGAUGGUGAUUAUGGCAGGGACGGUGAUGUUGGCGUACUACUUCGAAUACACGGACACGUUCACUGUGAACGUGCAGGGAUUCUUCUGCCACGACAGCGCCUACCGCAAGCCCUAUCCGGGCCCAGAGGACAGCAGCGCUGUGCCCCCUGUGCUCCUCUACUCGCUGGCUGCUGGCGUCCCAGUGCUCGUGAUAAUAGUUGGAGAAACUGCCGUGUUUUGCCUACAGUUAGCAACAAGGGAUUUUGAAAACCAGGAAAAAACUAUCUUAACUGGAGACUGUUGCUAUAUAAACCCACUGGUACGCCGAACUGUCCGAUUUCUUGGAAUUUAUACGUUUGGACUGUUUGCUACAGAUAUCUUUGUAAAUGCUGGGCAAGUGGUCACAGGCAACCUGGCUCCACACUUUCUGGCCUUGUGUAAGCCCAAUUACACAGCUCUCGGGUGUCAACAGUACACACAGUUCAUUAGUGGGGAGGAAGCGUGCACAGGCAACCCAGAUCUCAUCAUGCGAGCAAGGAAAACCUUCCCAUCCAAAGAAGCUGCCCUCAGCGUCUAUGCUGCCAUGUAUCUGACGAUGUACAUUACGAACACUAUCAAAGCCAAAGGCACCAGACUUGCUAAGCCUGUUCUAUGCUUGGGAUUAAUGUGCUUGGCCUUUCUUACUGGACUCAAUAGAGUAGCAGAAUAUCGAAAUCAUUGGUCGGAUGUGAUAGCGGGCUUUCUAGUUGGGAUAUCUAUAGCAGUAUUUCUGGUUGUGUGCGUGGUAAAUAAUUUCAAAGGAAGACAACCAGAAAAUGGGCACAUGCACAGGGACAGUGUGGCCCGGAUGCCGAUGAUCAACAUUCCUCGAGUAGAAAGCCCUUUGGAAAAAGUAGCAUCUGUGCAGGUGUUCCAAAACCAAUGUAUGGAAGAUGAUCCAGAAGGAACUUCACAGGGGAGGUCCUAUAAAGACUGCCUUGCCAGGUUCUUCGGCUGGAUAAUGGGGAUUAGCCACUGCGAACACCUCCAAUUAAGGCAAUAAACAACCACAUCACUGCCUUUGCGGAAGUCACAUGAUAUUGAAGCAGAUGGUUUUUCCCUGCACUGGACGUCAUCCCUCUUUACCAUCCAUUCAUAAGAAGGUUUAUUUGGUUACACGAAAAUUUAUAAAGUUGUCUGAGACUUUUUAUAAAUUUAAAACUCAAUAGCACCCUCUCUGCUCCACCCCCCUUGGUCCCCCACUAGACUGUGAGCUCCUCAAGAGCAGGACCAUGGCUUUCUUUCCUGUAUCCCCAACACCUACCACCUAGCACUAAGUGUGGGUGUUCAGUACAAACAUGAUGACAAAAAUGAACAAAUUUAAUUCUUCAAUAAAAUAGUCGCUUUAGUUUCUCAAAAGAAUCUCUGUGACUAUGUGAAAAGAAAUCUCCAUGUGGGUUAUAUUUGUAUAAAAGAGAAACCCUCUAUUUUGGACUCAUUAAGCCUUUUUAAUUUUUCAUAUCUCUAUUCAACAGUACAGCAUAUUUAAUUUGAAGUUAAUUUUGAAAGUCAUGGGGGCUUUUUUAUUAUGCAGCAUGACAUUUUUUUUCCAUUCUAACAGAUUUCAGCGUGUGAAAUCAUUUUACAUUUAGAAAGUAUGUCCUAUACUAAAUUGUUUGCUCAUUAUAUUAUUCUGUAUUUCACUUAAAAUACCAUUCAUACUACACAUUCUAAGACUGGUGCUUCUGCUUUUAAAGGGGAAAUUGCCAAUUUUUAUUGUCACUAAGUAAUGUAUCAUAAUUAAAAUUAUUUAUUUGGACUUUUUCUUUGACACUUGUGAUUUAAUGGUUGAGUUGCAGUUUUUGAAAUGCAGCAAUAUUUGGAAUAGAUUAAGGCAAACCAGCCAUGAUACCAUAUUAUUGAGUAACUUUCCAUCAUUAACAGUGUCUCAAGAUUGGCUGUAGUCCAAUCAUAAGCUUUCUUACUGAUCAAGAAUUCAAAUAAUUUAAGUGGGAAGGAACUGCAUCUUACCAUACAAUUACAUAGAUGCUAGAAAUAUGAUUAAUGUAUUUUUGUAAUUGUCUAAUAAUUUAGUUAAUAUGUAUUUAUAUUUACUUUAUCAUUUGAUCCUCACAGUAAUCCUGUACAAAUAUUGAAAGAUGGCUUUAUUUACACACAAGAAAAAAUGAAGCCAAGACUGAUAACAUGCCCAAUCCCAUACCUCUAAUCAAGCAGAGAGAAAAAAAGCUGAAAUUCAGAAUUACUCUGAAUUUGCAUUUUUCCCCUUAAAUAUGCCACAACUGCCUCAACAUUCAUGACAUUGAGGCCUUAUGAGGCCAUAAGAGUCCUGAUAAACUACCUAUGUUAAAAAAAAAUAAAGAAAUGCCGAGAUAGAGUUACAGAAAGUCUGCAGUAUUUUAAAUGUUUACCUUAUAUCAAUGAACAUAAACACAUUUUUCAAACACAGAGCUAUCUAGGGUUCUAUUCAUAAUUCCAGUGUCUGGAUGUGAGGCUCUUUGUAAAAGGGAAGCCCAAGUCCAGUGUCUUCAUUCUGUACCUCAGCUGCCAUUCAGGAAAGAGGCCAGGGGACCAACUUUACAGUACCCGCGUGGAACUAAAAAGAAAGAAUAGAAGGAGAAUCAAGCAAAGAGUCAUUUGGCAUCUCUAAAGCUAACCCAAGAUACUUUGACUUAUAUGUGUGGAAACUGAUUUAAAAAAAUCUUUCUAGUCUUGAAAAAUAGUUGAAAGUAAACAACUAAUUUACCCUCUAAUCAGCAAAUAAUUAAAACCAAAGAGUUGUCCGUUACUUACAGAUGGAUUUCAUUUGUCCAAUUCCAAUCCUGCAGGAGUCAAAACACUUCCACUAAGAGCCAAAUAAAGAAAUUCCCUUUUUAUAAAAAUUGAAAUCUCUACAGCAAUUCAAUUCUUUUGGCAAUUUAGAACUAGCUUUUGUGUCUUGACCUUUUAAAGGCAUUGUUUUAGAAAGCGUUAGAAAUGGGCAGUUCGGUUCUGGAAUAAAGGGUAUGAGCAUAAUACCAAGCAAAGGCCGGGUGGCUAGUUGGGCUUCUACAGUUGUUUAAUUCUGGUGGUUCUACAGCCACUUUAGAAGGACCCAAGAAAGAAUGGUUUUCCCUUGGAAACUAUUAUAUAAAAACGUCAAGGUCAGUGAAGAUUUUUUUGCACCUUCCUAAACCUGGUCACUCUAAAAGAGUUAUGAAUUAAAGAACGAAACAGUAUCAGAGUGAAAAUCACUCCUACUAUUUAAGCAUCAAUAAGGUUGUGCAAUUAUGAAAUCCAGGAAAAAUUAAAGUUGAGUGAGAACAAACCAAACUCAGCAAAGAUUACUUAACCAUGAUGCUAUUACUGAGAAUAAUAGAAAAUAUAUUUGAGAAAAUCGUUAAAACCAUGACAACAGCUGGUGUUCGGUGGUGCAGCACUUGCUGAGCAUGCACAGGCCCUGGGUUCAAUCCGCAGGACUUGUAAAAGAAAGCACUAAUCUCAAAAUAUACAUAUGUACAUACAUAGUCUAGUAAAAGCAGGUAAUCCCAUACAUUUCCAAUAGAGACCCUCAUUUUUAUUCCUCUUCCUUCGGGCCCACGUUAGUGUAAAUUGUUCCAACUGAAACUUCAGUAGCCUCUGUUUGCAUGGCAGAAAUUCCGCACAAGUCUUAUCCGAUGCCUAAGGUAACUUAAAAGGGUCUUUUAUGUUAAAAGAAAAGUGAACCUUCUUUGACAGACUUUGUCUAUUCAAC